UUUCUGCUGAAGUUCGUUUAGCAGAAGUUAGCUAAUGAGUUGUAUUUUCUUUUCAUUGACAGCGACAUGCGUGUGUAAUAGUAACGCUUCGACGAUUUGAACACUAAAUAUUUACUAAGCCACCUGGCCUUCGUCAUUGUUUUGUGUGAUCUUUAAUUUUUUUCAUCGAAUCUGAAGUGGAUAAUUUUAGACCGGGCUGCAUGCAGUGAAGUGUUGGUGGUGUUUUCAGCUCGGCAUUUGCUCCUAUUGAUGUAUACAAGAUAUAUUUCCCUCUAUAGAUGAGAAGCAGCCAUGGGAGCUCUACUAGAGAAGCCCAAGACAGAGAAGCACAGCGAGGCAGGGUCAGGCAAUGGCUUGCGCUACGGCCUCUCCAGCAUGCAGGGCUGGAGGAUAGAAAUGGAGGACGCACACACAGCUCUGGCAAAUCUCCAGGGCGACCUCAAGAAGUGGUCGUUCUUUGGUGUGUUUGAUGGUCACGCUGGAGCCAGGGUAUCCGCACACUGCAGCGAGCAUCUCCUGCACAGCAUCAUGGAGGAAGAACAACUCAAAGCCAAACUCCUGACACAGACGGGGUCGCAGGAGGAGGAGGAUGAAGUGGAGAUCGUGAAGGCGGCCAUCACACGAGGAUUCCUCAAGCUCGAUGACGCCAUGAGACAAAUGCCCGAGGUGGCGAGUGGCGAAGACAAAAGUGGCACCACUGCGGUAUGCAGUUUGAUUUCACCCACCCACGUCUACGUCGCCAACUGCGGUGAUUCUCGUGCUGUGCUCUACCGAAAAUCCGGCAUCGGCUUCAGUACCAAAGACCACAAACCUUUCAACCCGUGUGAAAAAGAACGCAUCCAGAACGCUGGUGGCUCAGUCAUGAUCCAGAGGGUGAACGGCUCACUCGCUGUUUCUCGAGCCCUUGGUGAUUUCGAGUACAAGAACGUGGAGGGCAAGUCCCAAUGUGAACAGCUCGUCUCCCCUGAACCUGAACUUUACGUCGAGAGGAGAAGAGACGACGAUGAGUUUCUUGUGCUUGCUUGUGAUGGCAUAUGGGAUGUUAUGACCAACGAAGAUGUUUGUAAUUACGUUAGGUCAAGGUUCUUGGUCACCAGUGACGUCGAGCUUAUCACCAACCAGGUUAUAGAUACCUGCUUUAAUAAGGGCAGUCGCGACAACAUGAGUGUGGUGAUCAUAGCGUUCCCCAACGCCCCGAAGGUGGACGAGGCCGCCGUUGCUAGGGACGCCGCCCUUGAUGCCGCCAUUGAGAAGAAAGUAACAGAAGUGUGCAGGCGGCCGCUGUCGGUGAGUCUGCCGCAGAUCAUGCAGGUGCUGGACGAUGAGAACCUCCCGGACCUGCCUCCUGGUGGCGGGCUGGCGUCCAAGCAGGAGUUGGUGGACAGCAUCUUCCGUAAACUGCGGCCAGACUGCGCUAACUCUGAUACGCCCACUCCCAUGGAGGAAUGCUACAGCGAAGAGGGGGACGGGGGAUUAAGUCGCCUCCUCUUCCUCCCCAGCCAGUCCAUGAAGCUCAAACUCGCGGGGUUGCUCACUAACCCCAUCUUGGACUUCCCUCCUUCUCCGCCGUCUUCCCCAACUGAGGAGGACGAUGACUUCCUGGAGGCCUUCAGCAGCAGCUCCCCCAUCCUCUCAGCGCCCCCCACAACCCCCGCCACAAGCAUGGGGGAUAUCGACACUUCCGCGCCCCCUCUCCACCAAGCCAAACCUACAUGCAAGUCCCCUCGAUCACGAUCUCCUAUGCCUCAUUUACCCACUGAUCCUUUGGACCUGCUGGCCUCCGAACCCAUGUCCAUGCUGUCCAUCGGACAUGUUCACCCGAGGGCGCUGUCACCCAGGCGCAGUCUUCCCACCGACACCCUCGACGCACUGCCACCCAAGCCCAUGUCCACUCUUUCGACUUCUCCUCGGUCCCAGCGACCCACUUCACCUAUGAAAUCCAUGGAUCAGCUGGAGGUGUAUCAUGACUCUGGGAUGGUUGGUCGGCCCAGGUCCCCGAUACCUUCAAGGUCCUCGGCAUCGCCGAUACCGCGUCGCAGCUCCGAAGUCAUGAUGCCGAUCUUCACGCUGUCGGGUUCGUCGCCUAAGCGCUUGAGGUCCCCGCGUAUGUCGUUUGAUGAUGACGACGAGGACUCGUUCAUGUCUCCUGCUCCCGUAGCUGGACUUUCCGACGCUAUUUUGCCUUUCGUUACCACCAUCGACGACAUGGAUGAUGAGCUCGAACUCCUCCAGUGCGGGCAGGAGGAGGAUGAUGUGGAGGAAGAACAGCCACCACCGGUUUGCAACCAAACAGCUCAGUCGUUGCCGUAAGACGGGAGCGACACUUAUUGCCCCCUUCAAACUUCGUCGCACUAUCAAGGGGGACACAUUCUUCUAAGAAGUCGUCGCUCUCUUGGAUGAGAAAUAUCUUAAUGGCACCUUAGCCAUCAGUCUACCUACCGGAGAUAACUAAGCUUGCGUUUCUUUGCUGCUCGGUCUUGUCGAGUGAAAUUGUUUGUGUAUUGUUUGACAUCGGCAGAAAAUAACUCCUCUGUGGAGACUGUCAAAUUGUUGCUUUCUCAUGUCACUCUACUUAUAGUGGCUGUUCAACUCAGCCUCAUCAGUUUGUUCAUCUUGCUUCUGAACCUGCUUUUGUCGUUCUAUAACUAGGGAAUAGCUUCUUAAUUGUUACUACAUGCAUUAAUGCAUCGGAAGCUUUCACGAACAAUAUAAAGUCGUGGUCAGAAGCGUUGCAGUGCUCUCUCGAACUCCACUUGGUCUUAGGCUGGACUGCAUUUCAAUGUGAAUGUCACGUACAGCGAAGUAUUUCGAGUAUUAGAUAGUGAAGUAUUAACCAGGGAUUUCACCCCAGCCUAGCAUGGACUUCCCACUUGCGGGGAUUACGUGAGAAUUCUUGCUUGGACUUCAUUUCGUUGCAAGUCAGUGGCCAUUUGCAUCAACCCGACUUGCUGACGCAUUCAACAGGUUCAUCAAUGCUCUAGCGCCACAAAAUUCAACGAAAAGCAAGAGUUGGUGUUUAGAUAUGAUAUUUGGCAAGGAUUGCGUUAGAAUAACUCCCACCUCCUCACAAACAUCAUGUCGCCUGUCAGCAAAAACAUAUAUACAUGUAGUGCCUUCAUUAUCAUUUAGAAGUGUUGUUAACUGUAUUACUUGCAUGUUAUUAUCCGCUGCUGUGCUGGAGACGCUAGGAACGAAUGUUGAGAGUUGGACUGACGGAUUGAAUAUAGACGGCCCAAGUGGUGGUAGAACUACAGAACGUAUAGCGCACCUAGUGUUGUUUAGUUAACUAUAUGUGCCAAAUGCUUACUUAGGCUUGUCGAUUUGUUGUCUGUAGAUUUUUUUACUAAUAUCGAAUAUUGCAUCAGUAUCAGAAAUAAUCACCAUUCAUCAAGAUUCCCCGAAGUAAGCUAGGUUGUCGUUUCAUUCUUAGUAAAUGUUGCGUUGUUUCAGCUGUUUUUUCUUUCAUUUCUUUCACCAGUAAAGAAUAUGAAAGCCUGCUUGUGCCCCUUGGUUGUUUGCCUGAGAAAUGCUCGUUUUGAACAUCAAGAAAUUGUUCUGAUGUCCGUGUCGCUCCCAUCUUCUCUUGUCUUGAUUAUCUAUUUUGGCAAUCGUCAGGAAACUUAUACUUCUGAGCGAAUCUAAUUAACUGAAAGUUUCUUGAUGAUUUACGGCCUCGGUGAGCUCGAUGAAAGGGAAUGUGCUCAACUAUCAAAUAUUAAUGGAAUAUUGGCGUUUUGGUCCUGAGCAUCAUUGUGCUCUACACUACGCAUUUUAGUCCGCAAAACAGACCUCUUCUUUGUUUUGGCAUAUUUUUGACCACGUGCUUCGCUGUCGUUCGGUCUUGCUCUUCUUUCUUCAGUUUGUCCUCGUAUGCAAUUAUAGUUCCGUACUCAUUUUAGAUUUGAUGCCUCAUUUUAGUGAUAAGAAUCGCUUCUGUGUCAGUCACAUAUCCGCACCCAUAUCAGCCUAACCAUCUUCGUUAGACUCCGAUCUCGUUGUUCAAAGACUACAAUUUCCUCGUACGAAAUUUGCGUCGCCGAAGUGAAAAUUUGCUACCUUGUUCGUGACCAGCCUUACCCCCAAGACGUGGACCUGUUGCCUUUUGUGUCUCUUGGAACAAUGCACCAAUCAAGCCUUUAUCAAGUUAUUCGGUGAUCUGUGGUUGACUUCCAAGUGCCUGUGUGGAACAAACUACCAUUAUAAACCGAUAUCUUAACGCUACUGCCAUGUGUUGUUGAUAUCAAGUACCAGUACUGGAAGGAACCACGCAGUGUACGACAUUUCAGUUCGGUGUUCUGAGACCCUCGACUUACAGACUAGCGAUCAUGAGCGAGGCAGCCUGCUACCCGCCCCUCCUGCGGCCUCUUCGCGCCCUUACUCGCU